UCCCUCCAUCUCAUUACCACAACUGCUGUUUUCCUCCCCAUUAUCAUACAAUACCUUAAGCAACAUUGGAAGAUGUUUACAUUAUGUUCUACCACAGUUUGAAUUUUCCACAUCAUUGUUGCUCUAGUACUUGAGAGGUGCCUGGAGGAAAAUAUAAAUAACACAGUGAUGCACUGUGGACUUUAUAAUGGACUUGAGAUCCCAUAAGUGUUUUAACUGUCAUUAUUUAAAACCUCAUGUGUUACCUAAGCUAACAGCCACUGAAAGUAUAGUCAAGUAUUAUGGGUCUUCAAGAGGAGUCAAGUAGGAAUUGAAAUAUAACUUUUAAAACAGAGCUGGGUUAUCUAGCAGACAGAUUAAGCAUUAACUUUUCAUUAAAUAUGGCGGUCGUUGGAAGAUGUCCAUCAUUGUUUCAGUGAUUAAGGUUUUCUUGCCUACCCUUUUAUAUGUAAUACUGAUAAUUCUACCCAAACCAUUUCCUUCUCUGUCUCCUAGAUUACAAGAAAAUCUUCAAAAUGGAUAAUUUAAGAGCUAACAGGCAUUAGCUUAGGAUGUGUGAUACUGUUCUAAAUGCUUAUGUGUGUAUCAAUUCAUUUAAAACUCAAAACAGUCCUAGGAAGUAGGGACAACUCUUAUCCCCCCCAUUUUAUAACUAAGAAAAGUGUAAGGUUUUUCUAAUAGGAAGGAAAGGUGGACAAAAGUGGCACCAAGACAGUGUGUGAGCCUGCUUUCUGAAUUAUCUAUGAAUGCAGCCUUGUCCCUAGCGCAAUGAGCAUGUUUUCUGGUGUAGGAGGAAUUAUUGAGAACAGAGCCUACUAAGCCUAAGGACACCCUUGCCAUGUUCCUAUCUGCUUAUAGGUAGAAAUCUCCACCAUCCCUUUUAAAUUGACCUCAUCUGCUCGGAGCCAGCCCGUAUACUAGGCACUAGUGCCAGGCAUUGUGCAAGCCUAGGAAACGCUCUCCCCCUACAUCCGUUUUACAUGUGUGUGGAGGGAGGGAGGCACAGCCUGGCGCGUGAGCCAGCUCUCCAGAAGGGAUGUUUGAGCUAGAAUUUCUGACAUAAUUGAGCCAGCGCUCGAAAACCUGGUGCUGAGCGUUGGAGGGGGAGUGUGUCCUCUCCAAGAAGGAAAGCCUCCACGGUGGAAUGGCUGAUACCUAUCCUGGGCUCUCAGCGCCAGGACAAGCUGGCUGUUUCUUCUGAUUAAAAGAGGAAGCAAUAACUUUGCCUAUGACUCCAAACACACUGGUUCGAACUUGGCAGUUAGGAAUCCUGUGCAGUUGUCUCUUGCCACGCAGGGUGUAUACGCGAGGAAUUUUCACUUGGCUGGAGUGAACUCGCUCGAAGCCGCGCGUGCGCCUCUGAUGGGAGUGGGGAGACCGGCCGCGAGGACGCGAGUGGGUGGGGGAGGGGAGGAGGUCCCAGGGCGCCCUCCUUUCACGGUCCCGCCGCGCUACCGGAGCGGACUGCUUCCGGCCGGUGCCUCGGGUCGCGUGGGCGGCGGACCUGUGACCGAGGAGGCCCGGCGGGGGCCGACUUAAUGUCUUGUUCGUUGGGAGCACAGGGCGCCUCCUGGAAGAGCGCGUGGAGUGCGCUCCCCGGGUGCAGAGACUCCGCGGGAGGAGUCGAGGGGCCGAGUCUGGGGGCCGCUUCCGCCAACCCGGGAGGAGGAAAGAGGAGGGGCUGGCUGCUCACGAGCUGCCUGGGCGGGCCGCCCGCGCUCGACGCAGGCGGGAGGAAGGGAGGGAGCGAGGGGCGAGCGUUGGGGAGCAGCAUGGAGACCUCGGCCGACUCGUUGGCCGCUGCCGCCGCGCGGGGCCGGACUGACGAGGUGCGGGCGCUGCUCGAGGCGGGGGCGUCGGCCAACGCGCCGAACCGUUACGGUCGAAGCGCGAUUCAGGUAAUGAUGAUGGGCAGCGCCCGCGUGGCCGAGCUGCUGCUGUUCCACGGCGCGGACGCCAACUGCGCGGACCCCGCCACCCUCACCCGACCGGUGCACGACGCCGCCCGGGAGGGCUUCCUGGACACGCUGGUGGCCCUGCACCGAGCCGGGGCGCGGCUGGAUGUGCGCGAUGCUUGGGGCCGCCUGCCCGUGGACCUGGCUGAGGAGCGGGGCCACCGCGACGUCGCCCGGUACCUGCGCGCGGCUGCAGAGGACACGGAAGGCGGUAGCCACGCCCGCGCAGACUCCGCGGAAGGUCCGGCAGACAGCUCGGACCUAAAGAAAGAUUGAAAUCAUUGGAAUACGA